GUCAGUUUUACUGAAGGAACCAAAGCCCCCAAGUCCUCAUUCUCUUUCUAUUUUCCCCGAAACAUCUGCACUCACGAAACGCCAUGGACAGAAAAGAAAAGCUUCACAUAGCAAUGUUCCCAUGGCUAGCUUAUGGUCACAUUAUGCCAUUUCUCGAGGUUUCCAAAUUCUUAGCUCAAAAGGGUCAUCGCAUAUCCUAUAUCUCCACCCCCAAAAACAUUAGUCGCCUCCCUAAACUCCCCGCACAUCUGUCCUCUAACAUAAGCUUUAUUGAGAUUUCUCUUCCUCAGGUUCAUGGCCUACCACCAGGAGUUGAGUCCACCGCUGAGAUACCGAUUCAGAAAGUUCCUUACCUUAAAAAGGCAUGUGACAAGCUCGAAGUCCCUUUGACUGAGUUCCUCAAAACCUCACAUGUCAACUGGAUAAUCCAUGACUUUAUGCCUCACUGGUUACCUGGAGUUGCUAUUCCGUUCGGCAUCAACUUAGUUUUCUUCAGCAUAUUCAAUGCUACGCUGCUUGCUUUCUUUGGCCCUCCAUCAGCUUUGAUUGGUGAUCAUCGCAAACGACCAGAAGACUUCACAGUUGUCCCUAAGUGGAUAGAUUAUCCUUGUAACAUAGCUUUUAAGCUCCAUGAGAUGGUGAGUCACCAAGAGUGCAUGGACGAUGUGUCUGAUUCUCAACGGCUUGGACAAGUGAUUCAGGGUUGCCAAUUUGUAAUUCUGCGGAGCUGCACCGAGUUCGAACCUGAUCAGAUUCAAUUGCUUAAAAAACUUUACCAGAAACCCGUUGUUCCAGUCGGUUUGCUGCCUCCAUCACUGCCAACUAACGAAGAUAAGAGCUAUGAGAGUUGGGAAGAAAUAAAGAAAUGGCUUGACAGAAAAGGAGAGAAGUCUGUUUUCUAUGUUGCACUCGGUAGUGAAGUGAGUCUGAGUCAAGAAUUUAUGCACGAAUUGGCAUUUGGAAUCGACAAAUCUAACUUGCCCUUUAUUUGGGUGGUCAGGAACCGCCCACUAGUUGAAGGGCAGAUGGGUCAGGACAUAAUCCCUCAAGGGUUUGAGGAACGAGUUUCUGAUAGGGGCUUGGUGUUGAAGGAUUGGGCACCUCAACUACGGAUAUUGGCUCACUCCUCUGUUGGGGGUUUCCUAACUCACUGUGGUUGGAGUUCAAUUAUCGAGGCACUCAAGUUUGGUCGGCCUUUGAUCUUGUUUUCCGGGGCAAGCUCGGAUCAGGGGUUGAACGCUAGGUUGUUGCAUGGCAAGAAGGUUGGGUUAGAAAUAGAGAGAAACGAGCUGGACGGAUCAUUUACGAGCGACUUGGUGGCUCAGACGAUUAGGCAGGUGAUGGUGGAGCCAGAAGGCGAGCCAGUAAGAGCAAAUGCAUGGGCAAUGAGAGAUAUUUGCAAUGAAGAGUUAAGUAACAAUUACUUGGAUGAGUUCACCCGGUUCAUUGAAGAUUUUGAUUCCUCAACUGGGGAGGUUUGAGUUAUUGAUGCUUCAUCAAGUAACAUCCCACUUUCUGUGCAAAUCAGCUUUUGGUUAAAUAAAGUCUCGAAUUCCAAACAAUAAAAAAAGAUUAAGAAAGUGUUGUGUGAUAUAUACUCCUCAAAGUUUCAUUCAUGGUAUUAAUAAAAAAGUUCUAUGAAGGUUCAAAUUCUUCAAGUUU